GCGCCGCCAAAGAGAGGAGGGAGGAGUGACUCUGCUGGGAAGUAGAAACUCGCUCUGAGGGAGGUGUGACUCACUUACUCAGCCUUCGAUGGACACGCAGCUCUUCUGCCAUGUGUGCAUAGAAAGCGCUCAGGCUUGCUGACUGAUGACAGCAGGUUUUUCACCACAGACAGAGAGCCAGUGCCUGGAAGUCAACAGACGCUAAAUCAUGGGGAAGUUUUCAAUUCCUGGCCUUCAGGUUCAACUCCUCUGACUGAACACUGGAUCCGAGUGGAGAGUGAAGUCUUUAUCGGCUCAUCUGAAUCCACCACACCUGCUUUCAUUUAAACUUUUUGGACUGAACGUCAAAGGUGGGCUUGAACUAAACAGAGGCCUUGUUUUUUCUCACAAGGUGAACAGACUUUGGCACCUCAGUGACUGACUUGAAACUUCAUUGGUCUGCCCUGACAGCUGGAAAUACCACCUGACGGAGUGGAAGUUCAUCAGUUUCCCUGACGCCGGAUCACCUGCUCGAAGGCCCUUUUUAAUGACUCUGUGACCGAUUCAAGGAGCUGUUUUGACCGGGGUCAGGAUGAGCGGAGCGGAGGAAGUGGUGUGUGAAGGAUGGCUGCGGAAAUCGCCGCCAGAGAAAAAGCUACGGCGCUACGCGUGGAAGAGACGCUGGUUUGUGCUGCGAAGUGGGCGACUGAGUGGCGAGCCGGAUGUCCUGCAGUACUACAAGAACCAGCAGUCCCGCCAGCCAAUCAGGACCAUCAACCUGAGCCUGUGUGAGCAGGUGGAUGCUGGCCUGUCAUUCACAAAGAAAGAGCUGGAGAGCAGCUACGUUUUCGACCUGAGGACAGAGGAGAGGACGUGGUACCUGGUAGCAGAGUCGGAGGAGGACAUGAACCGCUGGGUGACAUCCAUAUGCCUGCUCUGUGGCUUCAACCCCACGGAUGAAACUCCAGAUAGACAUUCAACCUCCAGCUCCGCCUCCACAACCAGUGGCACCCCUACUAGCUCAACCGUGUCAGGGUCUGUCCCCCCGCCCUAUGACCCGGUUAGCGUGCGGCACCUGGGGCAUGACAGCAGCACAGAGGAGGAUUAUCUGUGGUUAUCAAACUGCCAGAGUCACACCAGGCCUUCCUUAGGCUCCUCCGCCUCUCUUGAGACAGACUACAAUGACAGCCUCUACCCUCCUCCUGCCACCUCCUCCUCCUCGUCCUCUUCCUCCUCUCCUUCCCUCAUCCCCGGCAGCCUGCCGCCUCUUUCCUCCUCCAGCUUUAAGGCCGCCCCCUGGACGCUGGCGGCUUCCACCAGCCCUCUCAGCCAGUCUCUGGAUGCCGGCACGACCCCGGACCUCCAGAGGCGGGCCGGCAGAGCUCGCUGCCACCCCUCUCCCCAUCCCAGAAAGCACUCUCUGGAUUUCCACCUGCGUCCGGUGGCCAUACCUCUGAUCGAUGACACACACACGCAUCCAGGUGCACAACCACAGACCACCAGCAGCUACCAGAUACCCCGCUUGGCCUCCACUCCCCAGCAGCCUCUCCCUCGCCGUCCCUCCUCCACCCCAAGCGUGGACUCCCUAACGCAGGCGGAGCUCAGCACAUCCAUCUCAACUCCUCCUCCUCGACCACCCAAGCCCCCUGCCCUGGCGGCCCAGGGAGAGGGCUGGAGCAUGGGGCGUGCGACCCUGCCCCGAACAAACUCAGAUCCAGAGCGGAGGGAUGAGUACAUGGAUGGGGAGGGAUACUUUCUAAGGAGCAACACAAUCACCACCCCGGGAUGCACAGGGACCAGUUGUGAAUCUUUUCACAUUCCUCGGUCUCUGUCUGACCGAGCCAGCUCGUUUGAGUUCAGCGAGAGCUUCAGCAGUUACUUUUUUAACAAAGGCAUGGUACCUCUGGGCAGUGUUUGCUCUGAGGAUGAUGAAGUCAGUGAAAACUAUGUCCCCAUGAGUGCUGCCACUGCUGAGCCACCAGUUGCACCGAGGAUGCCUCCUGGUGCUCCCUCACAUCCCUCUGACCAGCCUCAAGAGGGAAACUAUGUGCCGAUGACCCCUCUGACUUCUUCCCUCCCCACUCACCCCAUUCCCCUGACCAGCAACCUGGCAUUGCUGGGGAGGCAAGUUCCUCCACCCGCCCACAUGGGAUUCCGCAACUCCCCGCUGACUCCAGUAGUUCCUUCGCCCCACCGACGGAAUACCCUCGGAGGGGAAUCUGAGGCCACGCCCCCUCCGAUCCACCGCAACCUGAAGCCCCAACGGAAAGUAAGGCCUGCCCCUUUGGAAAUUGCACCCCUGCCCCAGGACUGGCAGGAAGUCCCGCCCCCGAUCCGCUCCCCUGUCACUCGAACCUUUACACGAGGGCCAUCCAGUUGUCGGUCAGCCAGACCCAGCUCUGCUCAAAGCUCUUCCCCGUCUUCUGAUUCUGAUGAUCCAGAUGACAGUUACGUCGCCAUGACAACAUCCGGCCUCAGCUUUAGUGCUGGGGAAACGUCUCUGAGAAUGAUGCUGCACAGGGGCUCAGAGGGUGGAGUGAACAGCCCAGUACUACAGCGAGCCAAAGGUGAAAAACAGGUUGAGUACCUGGACCUGGACCUCCACACUGGCAGAAGUACACCAACAAGACAGAAACGCUGCACAGCGGACGGAGGAUCCAGCAACAGCGAGCAGGCCGGAACAGGGGAGGGGCGCGCACGGGGCGAGCGCACGCGUGUGGACUAUGUGGUGGUGGACCCCAAAAGGACCAAGGCCCUGAAAAACACCCGAGAAGCUUGGCACGAUGGCAGAAUGUCCACAGAGAAGGAAAAAAGCUAAAGACACUCAGGAUACAAUACAAAUACAAUACUCCAUUCAAGAUUAAAAACCUGCUUACUCCCAGAGAAAAGUAUAGUCAUUAACCUUUAAUUUAUCCCCAAACAUGUUCAGAUAAAAUCCCAGCUAUCAUUUUCAGUCAUUUCGAUGCCACCUGGUCAUUAAUUGAAUUUAUUCUAAAGUUUUGUCAUAAAAUCCUGUAGGACACCAAAUCAAAGUUGAUAGAUUUUGUUUGUUAUUUGACAUUAUCUGACUUCAAUCAGAAAACUUCUGAAUUAAUUAUGUUUCUUUUAUCCUAAAGAAAAAAAGCCCACUAUAAAUGAAGGACACACAUGGAAAGAAUCAGGGAUUUGUUUCAAUAGUUUGCUGUGAUGUGCUUGUUACAAUACUCACAAUACUUGAUUGUUUAACCUCACAGCCUAUCAACCUGAGAGUUCCUUAUUUAUUUGCUCACUUUUCUUGUUUUUUUCCCCAAAAGUGGACAUUUUGUUUGUCCUGUAAACAUUUUUUCAAACUUUUCCCAUCACAGAAAGACUAUCUUUACCCCGCACAUUGUGAUUUCACUACUUUCAUGGUUUUGUUACGGGAAAUGUUUCUCCUGGAGAGACCCACAAUUGUCUUCAACAGCAUAUGCUAUGAGAUAAGAGUUUUCCAGGUAAUUCCAAAAGAGCAAACCAAAUUUCAUCCAAAACUGUGUAGACUCUUGGUGUUAGCUUUCUGCUGGGAUCAUAAUGUAGAAUUUUUUUUAUGCCGACUAUCUUCUUCUGUGAUCAUCCCAGAGUGAAAUGUUUCAAACCUUUAAACAUGACAAACAACAAUGAUCUGUGACUGUUAAAUUAUAUAAUCACAGUAGGAAUAAAUAAACAGUGCACUCA